AAAGUAAGUACCAAGCAAGAUUGUUGUGGGGAAUAAAGAAAUAAAGAGAUCGAGAUCUUGCAGGAUAUACACAAACUAAAGCCCAGGAGACCACCACACUUACAUUGCACAUGCGCAGUGAGCACUAUUUGCUCCAUGAACUGUCAGUUAUGCCUGAGGAAGAACGAGCAUGCUUUUGUUUACCAGUGUUGCUUAGCAACGACUGUUGUAUAACUGGAUGCUUCAGUUUGACUGGUCAAACCAUAGCCUCGCACUUGUGGGAGUCACAGAGUUAGGCUCUGGUUGUUAGACGGUCAGUGGUUAAAAGUCCAUCAUUCCCUAAAAUUACUUAGUGUUGAGUUGAUAGAAAGGUGGUCACAGCUAUGUUGUCCACCCUGAGGAAGCUCUUAUGCUUUAAGAAGGAGCCGAAAACUCCCUUGGGGUUUUGUGAUGGCCCAAGCAGGACAACGAGAUUCUUGUCCUGCUUUUGCUGUGGAACUGAAGACAGGUACCGCCAGCCUUAUGACCCCGAGAACCAAUUUCAUGAGGCAGUAUGCAUGGGAAAGCUCAGAGUGGUGCUGCGUCUCCUCAAGAAGAAGAACUUUCAUGUGAAUGAUGAGGAUGAAGGGAAACGAACUGCACUCCACUUUGCGUGUUUCUAUGGUCAUAUCAAUCUGGUUCGUUUACUGUUAUCUAAGGACUGUAAUAUAAAUGCCCUUGACAAUCAAAAUUCCACACCACUAAUGAAGGCUGUACAGAGCUGGGAGACAGAGAUCGUGUCUGUCCUACUUGAUCAUGGAGCAGAUCCCAAUAUUAAGGACUGCAACGGAGAAGCAGCGAUCCACCAUGCAGUGUAUGUAGACAGUCCAGAUAUUGCCAGCAGUCUUCUUGAAUUUGGGGGAAACAUUGAAGAUACUACAGAGGAUGGGUUGACCCCUCUGCUGCUAGCACUCCAAGAAAGGAAACUCAGCAUGGCAUCAUACCUAAUCACACACGGUGCGAAUCUUCACGCAUGUGAUAAAUAUCUAAGAACAACACUCAUGUAUGCAGUUAAAUGGGACUGUGAAAUGAUUGUUGAAAUUCUACUGAAGAAAGGUGUUGAUCACCACUUACAGGACACAUUUGGAUGGAAUGCUCUUUAUUAUGCCGUUGUGGGGAAACGCAAAACGUAAGUACAGAAGUUAAAACGCUAUUUGAAACUAAAUUCAGACAUGAAAUAUUUACCAAUGUUGUAUUUUAAGGAAGCGUGACUUCAUUAUUUAAAUGCUUUUGGAAUGGAAGCAUUUUAGUCAACUCCACUUGCCAUGAGACAAGCAAAGGAAUAGAUUGGUCAGAAUAACAACGGGUGUGCAAGAGUCUUAAUCUCAAGACUGAUCUGUGAUGAUUCUGAGAAUCACACUCAGGGACUUGAAUGUAUGAGGCAUUUAUUUUACCACUCAACUUCAUGGCUAAACUCUCCUUUGGAAGCCUUAAUAUCUUUAUCUUUCAAGAUCCCAGCAUGCUCUGGUCGUUCCAAAAAUAAAGCAAUGCAUGGCACAGAAUUUUAGUUUUUGAGUUACUUCUUUGAAUCUAAACAUUUGUAGUUUGACAGAAAAUCUUGAUACUUAUCUUCCAAAUAUUUCAUCCAACUUAUUACCCGAAUGCUCAACAGUCUAACAUGCUCCCUCAGUCCAAGAAAGUAAAAAUUCCUACAUAUAUCAGAUAGAUAUGGCAUACAUGAGGAAAACUUAGGAAGCAUUUAUUCAUGGGGAUUUAAUGUGAUUACACCUGUCUUUUAGUCCAGUGUUAAAUAAACUUGAUUAUCAGGUUGUACCUACUGAUCUGUAUCUUUAUCAUAAUAGUUAUAAAGCCAUGACCAAAGGGUAGUUGAAAAUUCAUCUAUGUGCUUGAAAAUUCAAAUUUUCUCCUAAUAUAACAUAGUGUUCUCUGGCAGCUAAAACUUUUAAGAUUUCUCCAAAGCUGUUGCUAGGCAUCUGAACCUUAUCACUUAUUCAAAGCAUUCCAGUAUCCUAGAAGACCAUCAUGGCACGAUACUUUGGAGGAGUCUCUCUUUUCAGCCGUCAGAUGGGUUUGCGGAUAUACUAAAUUAUCACAUGAAUCCAAGCACUUGCAGAAAGAGGCCAGAGAUGCUUUCUUUCUUUCAUAGUAAUCUGUAGGCAAAGGUUCCUUUAUAUCAUCCUCUGUAGCACAAUCUGUGUUUGUGACAGAUCUCUAGCACCUUUCCCAGGGAAGUUGACAGAAAGUGAUUGGCCUACUAAGUGCUUUUUCUGUGUAAAGGAACAUUUUUCAAGAUACUUGAAUCUUUACCUCAAGAUUUCAGGAUAUUUCACAACUCUGCCUCGGAAGGAAGACAAUGAAUACAAUUUUGUGAAUCUAAAUUAUAUUAACUGUAUUCAGUACUUAAGCCCCAUCACAGCCCAUGAGUAUACUUAUAGCAUUUAUAAAAAACGAUUUUUGUCUUCCAUGUAGGCUGAUGAUAAGCAUGGCGAUUCAGGAUCAUUAUGACAAAACUCUGAUCAUUGGUUCCUUCUUGGCUAAAGGAAGACCAGCAAUAGAGCAACCUAUGUCUUGGAAUUCAUUAGUGUUCUUACCAUGGGCUUACUCUCACCAUGGGCUUACUCUUUAUUUCAGUAAUAUCAAAUUCUGAAUUCUGUAGCAUUUGAUAAUAGGUCCAUUCAUGAAUUACAGUGUGCUUUCAUUUAGGAUUCUAAUCAGUUCAAGACUGAGAAGCAAGUUAGAUACUGCUUUCCUAUUUUCGUGCCUGUUUUUAGGUGGUGAAAUGUUCAUAGCAAACUGUUAAACUAAAGUAGGGAAAUC